AUGACCUUUGCCAUGAAGAAGAUCUUGGGGGCUAAGAAAAAGACACCCCUGGGUUUCUGCGAUGGCCCGCAGAUGACCGCCUCUGAGUUUUUCUUCGGUGACUUUCCAAACUAUCCGAAAUACCAUACAGCAUACAGACCCGUGGGGCAGAUCCACCGGGUUGCCGCUGAGGGCGAUGCAGCCCGGAUGGAGAUUCUCAUUACGCUUGGGCAGUGCAGCGUGUAUGACCGAGACCGCAAGAACAGGACGGCCUUGCAUUUUGCCUGUGUCUACGGCCGGCUGCCAGUGGUGACUGUUCUAAUAAACAACAAUUGUGAGAUCGAUGCCUUUGACAAGAACCACAUCACACCUCUGAUGAAGUCUGUCCAGUGCUGGAAGCAGAAGUGCGCGGCUCUCCUGCUGGAGCACGGUGCCAACCCGAACCUUGUCGACCACAGCGGGAACUGCGCCUUACACUACGCGGUGAAGAACGGGCACGCGGAGAUGGCGGCGCUGCUGCUUAAACACAACGCUGACGUCGAACAAAAAACCAAGGAUGGCUUCACACCACUUUUGCUGGCACUCAGAGAAAAGAGGAUAGAGGUGGCAGAGUUUUUAGUGAAAAACGGAGCAGAUAUUCAUGUUGUAGAUGACAUGCAAAGAAACACCUUGAUAUAUGCUAUAAGAUGUGGAUCAAAAGAAAUGGCCACAUUACUCCUUGAGAAAGGUAUUGAUUUCCUAUACAAGGAUGUCUUUGGGUGGACGGCAUUACGCUACGCUAUUGAAGGCCACUGUACUUUUAGACAGAUACUUUUGGAUUUUGAAGAAAAAAUGCAUAGUAACAAAAAAGAUAACAAACCAGAAAUUGAACCCAAGACCUCCUGCAUUUUAGUAGAGAAAACCGAUUGUGGAAGUGAUUCAUUAGCAAGGACUUCCGGCUGUCAGAGUCCUGAAACUCCCUUGCCUGAAAUGAAGGAAGAUGAGUACCACUGUGAUACCAAGGUAACGUGCUCCUCUGUGGACUGCAUAUUUGUGAACUAUCUGAGGAAGAAGAAAAACAUAAUUUGUGACAUUAUUAUGGCAUCUGGAUUGCCAGGUAGAGGCUUUCAGGGAUGGCUGAAGAGUGUCUCAGAGGGUGCUCCUCCUAACUGUGCUAGGAAUUCGUCGUUGGCUUCAGACAAAGUAUUUGAAAACAGAGGAAAAAGAACAGUGGAAGCAUGGGCUGAGAAAGAGCUAUCUUUAAAGUCUGCCACUGACGUAAGCGAAUCUGUUCCAAAUGAAGCAGUAGAAAGGAUAGAGAUUUUGCCAUCUAUACCAGAACCAGAGUUAGAAUUGAUGUCAGUAGAAGACGACGUAUCUGAUGAAAGUCAAAAUAAUCAGCCACCGAGCACGUUGGAGCAUCUUCUACAGACAAAUGUUAGCCAUGUAUCUGGUGUAGGAUAUCAAAUGGAAAAAAAUAAUAUAAGUGGACAAAUGAAAGAGUCUGAUGGAGAACAUGCUCAGUUGAUGACUCCUAUUGAAAUGAGAGACACUGUUUCCAAAGGAGCACAGACAGCAAAGGAUGCACCCGCCUUCAAAUCAGAGCCAGACUUAGAAGUGACAUCAGAAGAAGAUGACAAUAGAUUUGAUGACAGGAGAAACAUCCAGUCAUUGCAAAUCUAUGAGGAUCUUUCAGACAUAUCUGACAAUGUAUCCAUGGCAACAGAACCAGGAAAAGAAAAGACAAACAGACAAGCAACAGAAUCUGCAAAGGAAUAUCCACCCUUGAUGGUAAUAACCUUUAUGUUAUUACUUAGAAUAUUUCACAUCACAUUAAAUGAAAUAUACAAUUAUUGUUCAAUUGUUCAUUCAAACCCUUUACAGCCUACCCGUGAAAUAAAGGACUUUGUUCCAGACAGAGCAGUAGCGAUGAAGAAAGCAAGGAUAGUACAGGCGGAAGAACCAGCUGUAAAAUCGUUAUCAGAAGAAGAACCACGUAUUCAGGAUGGCUUUGAAAAGAACUCACCACUGAAUAUUUUUAAACAAAUUCAAACACAGGAUGUUGGUUAUUUAUCAAUGACUAAAUACCAACGAGGAGAAAAAAUGACGACAUGUCAGGAAAAAGAGUUUUCUAAGAAAGGCCCCAAAUCAAAGCCUACCAUUGUAGAGAAAGAGCCUGUUUCAAGGGAGGCCUGGGAUACGAUUCCUGUGAAAUCGUUUUUAGAAGAUACUCCUAAAGACUAUCUUCUAUCAAAGCCUACAGUUGAGAAAACGGAUUCUCUUCCAAAUGAAGUCCCUGAUAUAAAGAAUGGGAAAUGGUUCCAAGAAAACUGUCCUAAAGAAUAUGUUGAAGUGAAGCAUUCUGUUGAUGAGGCAGAUUCUUCUCCAAGUGACGUACCAGCAACAAGGCAAGCAAAACCACACUGUGCAGCAGAAUUAGCUGUACAAGUGACAUCAGAGAAAGAGCAAAAAUCUCGCAAUGAUCAUGAAAAGAAUCAGAGAGUGCAGGGUAUGCUCAAACAACCCCAACCAAAGGAUACCGAAUAUUUAUCCAUGGCUAAUGACGAAAGUAGAGAAAAUUCUGCAGAAGACCAAGAGGAAGAGUCCCCUGAACAACAUCUUCAAUGGAAGCCUACAACUGAAAAAAAAUCUCCAAAUGAAGUACCAGCAACGAAGCAUGUGCAAUCCUUUCUCACAGCUGAACCAACAACAAAGUUAUCGGAAGGAGAACAAGAAUGGUGUGAUGGAAGAAAUAUGCAAAGACAGGACAAUGGUAAUUUAUUUUUGGCUGAAGAUCAAAGAAAUGAAAACAUAAUAAAAGAUGAGGAGAAAGACUUUCCUGAAGAAUAUGCUCAAUUAAAACCCAUGCAGCCUUUGGAUGAAAAGAAAACUCCUCUUCCAUAUGAAGCACCAGCAAUGAAAGAACAACCUCAAUCAAAAAACACUGCAAAUUUACCCAUGGCUAAAAAUGAAAGAGGAGCAAACGUCAUAAGCAGCCAAGACAAAGUAACUACACAUGUGUGUUUGUCAGGAGUGAAAACUGUACAACUGAGGUCAGAGGAGGAACAGACAGGAUGGUAUGCCAGUGACAAGAAGCAGUGGAAGCAGCCUAUUUUUGAGAGACUUCAACUGAAGCGGAACACAAGAGUGUCAGUGGAUCUUGAAGAAUGUGUGAGAAAUAGAGGAGCUGCUGAAGAGAAAGGAGCCACAACAGUACAGCUGAGGCCAGAGGAGGAACAGACUGGAUGGUGUGGUGGUGACAAGAAACAGCAGAAGCCCACCUUUGAGCAAUUUCAACUGAGGUGGAGUGCUCAAGUGCCUACGGAUCCUGAAGAAAGUGGAGAAAACACAGGAGCGGCUGAAGAGAAAGGAGCCACAACAGUACAACUGAGGCCAGAGGAGGAACAGAUCAGAUGGUAUGGCAGUGACAAGGAACAGCAGAAGCCUGUCUUUGAGCGAUUUCAAUCAAGGUGGAGUGCUCAAGUGUCUAUGGAUCCUGAAAAAAGUCGAAAAAACACAGGAGCCACUGAGGAGAAAGGAGCCACAACAGUACAACUGAGGCCAGAGGAGGAGCAGAUGGGAUGGGGCAGUGACAAGAAGCAGUGGAAGACUGUCUUCGAGCGGCUGCAGCUGAAGUGGAGUGCUCGAGUGUCCGUGGGUCCCGAAGAAAGAAGAGAAAACACGGGAGCCACUGCAGAGAAAGAAUCCACUACACUAUUUACACCUAAAGAACAAACAAGACGUCGUGGCCAUGAGAGGAAGCCACGGUUGAACAUCCUGGAGCAAUUUCAACGAAAGCGGAGUGUCCGGGUAUGUGUGGAGACAAAACAAAGAAGAGAUGACAUCAAAGCUGCUCAGAUGACAUACUCUCCUGAUAAACGCCCCAAACUGAAGACUGCCACUGAAAAGCAAGAUUCUGUACCAAUUGAAGACCCAGUAAUAAAGCGUGAAAUAUCAUUGAUGGCAGAAGCAGACUUACAAGUGAAAUCAAAGGAAAAGCAGCAGAGUCAUGCCUCUGAAAAUAUUCAGUCAGUUCCUAUAUUUAAACAUCAUCAGCCGAAGGACGUUGGUCAUUUAUCCAUGACUGUGGGUCAAAGAAGCAGAAAUAUUGUAAGUGGAGUAGAAGAAGUGAAGUCAGACUUAGAAGCGGACUCAGCGGAUAAGCAAAGCAGGUGUUAUGGAAGUGAGAGUAAUCAGUCACUGGGUGAAGUAAAAACAAAGAGAUGCGCAAGCAAUGGAACAGGUAGAGCAAACUGCCCCUAUGAAACUGCCUCUGUUACUGCUGCUGCUGUUUCUUCUGGAGCCACUGCUGCUCCUGCUGCUCCUGCGGCUCCUGCUGCUCCUGCUGCUCCUGCUGCUCCUGCUGCUACUUCUACAAUGGAUGAAUUGGUUCUACAGAGGAAAUCUGGUGAAAUUAGUAACCAGAGAUUUCUUAUUCAGGAGAAUGCAAAGCAUGAUGGGCCCCGAAAGAGAACAGCUAAAGAAAAACAUAAGGUAACAAAAGAAGUUAGAGCUAUGGUUGAUGUAACUCAGUCAUCUGAACUGGUCUCAAGGGAUGAUUCUGGAAGUUCAUUAAAACUGCAGGAUUCAAGUACUUCAUAUGCAUUAGCAGAUCUUAAAAAAAUUAAUGAACUACUUAGGGAAAAAAAUAAAAAAGUGGAAAAUGAGAAGAAAGUUCUACAGAAGGAGUUAUCAGAAACAAGGGAGGAGAAAUCAAAGUUAAAAGAUGAACUGCUGGAACAGGAGGAAGAAUUCUGGAACCUGAGGUUUACGUUAAGAAAAGAAUGCAAGGAGACAAGAAACGUUCACUGCUUUUAUAAAACUGUUAAGAAACAAUUAAGUGAAAAGGAAAAACAAUACAGUGAAAGAGCUGCAGCCACCGAGCACCUGGAGCAUCUGAGAGCACGAGAAAUGGUCCUGAGGAAUGCAAGAGAUGCCCUGAAGGAGUUGCAAGGAGCACAGGAUCAACAUAUAGAAGCUAUGAAAACUGCUCAGAGGAUGAAAGAUCACUUACAAAGGGUUGAGCAUGAGAAUUUUGAGUUAAAAGUUAAAGUAAGGAAGCAAGCUAAGAAAAUCGAAGAGCUUCGUGGAUAUCUUCGUGAAAAAUUGGAACAAAAUGCAAAAUUGACGCAGGCAGGUGCUCAAGAAACUCUGGAGGAAUUAUGUGAGAACGACAUUUGCCCAGUGAAUCAGACAGGACUCAGAAUCCAAAGUCUGCAGUCUGAAUCCCCCCCAAGGAAAACUGUGCAAGACCCAAAUGCAAGUGCCCAGAAAAGCUAUGAGCAACAGUGUAUAGAAGAAUUAAAGAUGAGCAACGCAUUGUUAUAUGAACGAGUCAAUAUUUACAGGAGACUGCGUGAAUCUCGCACACAAGUUCACAUCGCGGUGGAGCAGGGCACGCCUCCUCCGGACACAUCGAGGUUUGCGCUCGAGAGCCCCUGCAUGGCAAGCACCACCUGUCACAGACGUUUCUUCCCGUGGGAGGCCGCGGUUCUCCCAGGAAACAUGAGGCCUUGUAGUGACUGCGUGCAAAGCUACCCCAGGACGAUGGAAGAUGAAGAAAAAUCAAUCAAAGAACUUGCAGAAUUAAAACAAUCUUUAGAAUAUAAGUUGCAUGAGCAACAGAAGAAAAAUGACGAAAUAGAAAAGGAGAUUAUUGGAUUUAAGAAACUCUUGAAAAUGAAAAAAAUUGGCCAUGAAAUUGGAGAAUGUAGUUCAACUGGGGAUUCAAAAACUGGUCGUUUUUAA